AUGAGCUCCAAUGACAAUCCACCGACGUUGGACCUGUCGGACAUUAUGCAUCACAUGUCGCCGUCCCCUGUGCCCUUCGAGGAGCCGCCGCUGCCUCCUGCGACAAAUUCCGAUGAACAGACGCCCAAAAAUAAUCGCGAUGCAUCUCCGGAACCUAUAUCUGAGUCCAAUAUCCAGACCAUUCGCCGAAGACUGGAAGAAAUGGGUCUUGUAGCCACUAGGCAGAGAAUAGCAGCAGAAGCUGGCGAAUCUUCAUCUAGCCGCCUGAUCAGCAGUGGCAAUACAAGCUCGAGGGAAAAGGAGCUCGUUGAUAUGAUUCUCCGCCUUACAGAUGUUGUGCCGGUGGAUCCUGCCCAAUUAGAGCAGCAGGCUACCACAAUAUCCCGGCUAACGGCCCAAAGAGACUUUCUGGUUGCCCAGGCAGAAGAGGAACGGCAGUGGUGGCAGUCGGAACGAGAGGGCUGGGACCGUAUGGCUGAGGCGCUGUUGUCGCAGAAGAAUCGACCGCCAAAGUCAGAGGACUCUGAACGCCAACGGCUAGCUUAUGAGAUGGAGAAUCGCACCCUGCGAGAGAGACUACAAGACACACAACGUCGGUUGUCCACUCUGGAGGCAGAGCUAAUCAGACUCAAGCCAUUGCUCUUAAUGCAACCUUGCUCUGCACCUCGCUCAAAGCAUCCUUCAACGUCAACUCAGCCUUACAAGUCUGUUCCAGGAAAGGGCAAGGGCAAGAGAAGAGAAAACGAAUCUGCAACACACAGAGACUCUCUUGGGCCCAUAGCCGAAGAAUAUGGGCAUAGCGAGGAACACGGUCAUCAGCAAAGUAAUUCUUCCUCUCCGUACAAGUUGGAUCAGCAGCAUUAUACAUACAGCUACCGUUAUCAAGAUUCUUCCGCUCCUCAAGCACCCCACACAGCGAGUUCAGCUCCUGCACCCUCUUCCAAUCCAAAACCCCAUACAUCUCAUCCGACCCAACCUAGUUCUCAGCCGAACACCUCCCAGCAAACCCGACGGCCACGAGAUCCCAGCUCUUCCAAGAGCAAACGACAUCACCACCUAGGCACAACGCCGCUUUCCUCCGACGCACACACUGAGCACGUCCUGCUGGCAGCCCAGCGGAUAGGCAGGAAACGUGCAGCGAUCGUCACCGGCCUGCAACAGCACGCCGAGCGAGAGAAGGAGACCCUCGCUCGAGAGCAAGAGCAGCUCAGGACAAGACGAGAGCACGAGCGGAUGGAGAAGGAACGUCUGGAGCGCCUGGCGAGCGGGACGUCCGGGAUGGCGUAUUACCGAGCGUCAGCCGAUGGACAACAUCUUACGACGAUGACGAGCAGUCCGCAGAGAGGUGGGGGCCCACGGUCGUCUGCGAGUACUACCAUGCCAAGGACGCCUAAGAGGGGCAUGGCCAUGCACCCAGCGCACUACCCCGCGACGCUAGGCGUCGGCCCGAACAACAACGCCAACCCGGGCGGGGUGAACACGCCCCCGCCCUCAACGUACGUGUUCGUGAACACCUCGGCGACCCCAGUGCCGAAGAUGCCUGCGUACACGCAUACACCUGGUGCAUUGGGCACCCCAGGCCAUCUAGGCGCCCCAGUCAACUUGAUACCGAGCUCAGCGACGCGCCAGGUAGCGAAGAACACCAACACACAUGGGCCGAUUACGAGCAACCCGCCGACGCCGCUUGACUCGCUGUUGACGGCUGCGAGGAGUAUGAUGGAUGAUAGCCCGAGUGCAGGUGGGAAUGGAGAUGGGCGAGGUGGGCGAGGUGGGCAGGGGAAGACGAAUGGGAGGAGAAGAAUGCUGGAGGAGCCAGAAAGUCCGGUGCCGAAGAGGAGGAGGGUGUCGACGGAUAAAAGCGCUGCGAGUGUUGGAGCGGGUACAAGUGCGGUUAGGGCAGGCGGUGCGAGGUUGGAUCGGGUGAGAAGUGCAUUGGAUGUGCUUGCGGACCAGGCUGCUGCUGCUGUGUCGAACGAGCCUGGACCGUCGGGUUCGAGGGCUUCCGGUGUCGGGCCCUCAACCUCAAAUAUGGCGAAGGGUAAGGCGAAAGCAACGUCGCGAGCCGAAGCAGAGGAAGAGAAGGAGAUCAAAGCUUCUUCAAGUCCUGAGGCCGAUGAUGGAGACCAGCCCUCGCAAGAGAGCGUCGUCUCCUCUUCCUCAAGAGGCAGAUCAACAGCCUCAGGUCGGUCAACACGGACACGACGAGGGUCUGCAGUCGCUCCAGCUCCUGCCCCUACAUCGACUCGACCAGUCCGACAGAGCACGAGAAAGCGCGCCACCUCACCUGAUCGCGCUACUUCUACCUCAACGUCAACAAGAGGGACUGGGCGCUCGAAAGGACGGCCGAAGACUGCUGGGGCGCCGAGCACGAGGCAGAGGAGGGGUUCCUCGAAUGCAAGUGUCGCGAGGAUGAUUUCGCCAGCUGGGCCGAGGGUGAUUACAGCUGGGCCUGGGUAUGAGCAGGAGCACGAGGUGGAAGAGGUGGCACCGGUACCUUCGGAGACUGUACCUUCACCAGCUGCACUCCCGUCGGUACCCUCUGAAGCUGAUGACCGGGACCGAGAACGUGCUGUGCCAAUGCUGGAAAAGAGUUCUGAUUCGACUCCGGCGUGGGGGGAUUGGGGUAGAAGGGAUGGACAUCGUGCACGGUCGAGAGAGGUGGCUCAUCCUGUUGAGAGAGAACCGAGUCCGGUUGAAGAAAGCAAGGACGGGAAUGGAGAGGUUGUCGCGAUGGAGGUUACUCCUCCGACUGAACCUUCUGCAGAUCCAGCUUCUCUAGCUGUCGAGGCACCAGCGUCGGUGCCAGACUCAUCUGAACAACUUCCAGAUGCAAAUCCACCUUCUGCGCCUUCACCUCUUCCCAACGGCGACCUCGAGAUCAAGGCCAAAUCUCCCUCACCUCAUGCACCCACACCCUCAGCAAACGAUAUUGAGAUGCACUCUCCAACACGCCCCGAUGAUCCAGAGGACAUAGAUGCUGACGCUGACGCAGAAGCCGACCUCGACGAAGACGCCGAAGGCGAGCAAGAGGACGAGGAGGACCGCGACCGCGACGGGGACGACGACGCGGAGAUCGCAUCAAGAGAUCACCCAUCCCGAUCCCGAUCACCCCCACCCCCAGAUCCCCCACCUCCAGGGCCCGGCCCUGACACUGACGGCGGCGGUCCGCCGCCUCCUGAUGUCGACGACGAUGAGCACGACGCUGAUGCCGACGCGGAGGGAGAAAUGGAGUUUGACGACGAGGAACAGCACCACCAGCAGGCAUCGGGUUCGGAUUCGGGUUCUGUGAGCGCGAGCGCGGGUACGUAUCAAGCGGGAGCGGCAUGUGCUGAUGAGGUCGCGUCGUCCCUACGUCCCGGUCGUGCGCGUGGGUACGCACCGCUGUUUGCUCCCCAUCGCCCGGAUAACAUGCCCGGAUGCCAAUUGGGAUUUGUCCUUCGAGCGCAUUCCAGGACUCGGAGUGUUCCCGUGAGCGCUCGAAGGGCAACAUGGAGACAAAAAGAAGCGACUUUACCGUCUCUGUUCUUUGAGCCAAGACCCUCUCUUUCCUACAAUUGUCUCUCCAGAUCCGUAGCACUGAGCUAG